AUGAGCACUUUCUCGUACGCGCAAGCCGCCAAGGGCCCCUCUGGAUCACCAGUACCAGCCAAAGCCACACCCACAGACGUGCAAAAUACCGAACCCAAACCCGAGGAAUCGAGCAACGAUGCUACUCCUACGACGGAAUCAGCGACCCCCACCUCCGAGACCGAGACACCGAAGGAAGUUGAGAAGCCCACACCGAGCGUGAAUAAGGACGAGGAAUUCACCACCGUCACUAGCAAGACCCGCUCGAAGGCCGUCCACUCGAGAACCUCUUCCCCAAGCAUCCGAUCUACAAAGGAGUCGAAGGAGGGUGACUCCUCAAAUACCAAUGGCAAGGCUGAUGCCUCGUCAGAGAAGAAGUCCCAGGACGCCAAGGCUGAGAAGUCUGAAAAUGGCACCGAGGGAUCCAAGGACAAGUCUGAGAAGACUGAGAAGGCCGACAAGGCCGAGAAGAAUGAGAAGCCUGCUCCCCCCCAAGGAGCUGAAGGCCGCGCCUCUCCCCAGCGUGAACAUCUGGCAGCAAAGGAGGGAAGCCCAGGAUGCCAAGAGGAGACUCAACAGGAGUCCUCCAAGCCUAGCUCGAAGAAGAAGGGCACCGAUGGCACAACAGAAGGUGCCAAGGGCGGGAAGAAGUCCGACGGUAGCAAGGGUCGCGAUGAUCUCCCCGUCGCCGACGCCUCAUCAUGGCCUACUCCCGAGGUUGCUCUAGAUGAGGAGAAGAAGAAGGCCCAGGAGAAGACCGACAAGACCGAAAAGUCUGAGAAGAGCCCCGUCAUGCGCACCCACGGCAAAGAGAAGUGGAUGCCCGUCGACUACGUCCCUACUGCUGUGUUCAACACCCCCCCUCCCCCCAUCUGGUCGUGGAGUUCUGGACAGCCUGCCCAAGGAUCUGCUGGCAAGCAAGCCGCUGGAGAGCGUGGCCAACACGAGGCUGGCCCCAACCGCGCAGCUUCGCUUCCCGCCCAGGCGCGUCGCUCGACCAGCGCUGAUGUCAACGGCCCCGAGGGUCGCAAGGCCCAGCCCGCUGAGCGUGGCCGUGGAGGUCGUGCUGCCGAGGACACCAAUGCCAAUGGAAAGCACACCAACGGUGAGAAUGUCGCUCGCCCCCAGAAGCAGUUCGGCAAGAACGGUCAGGCCAACUCCAAGAACCCCAACCUCGCCGUUGAUGCUCAAGCCGCUGCUCGUAACAACGAUCGCCGGGCCGAGUCCGGCUCCAAGUCGGCCGACCCCACUGGCUUCGAGUUCAACCGCGGCGGCCGUGCCAACCGUGGUGGCCGCGGCCCUUUCAACUCUUUCAAUGGGCAGAACUCUCAGUUUGGCAAUGUUGCCAACAACGGUUUUGUUCCCAAGUUCAACGGCGGCUUCAAUGACCGCCAGCGAUCGCACAAUGGUCUCGCCAACGGAUCCCAGCAGGGCAACCGCAUGCCCAUGCGCUCUCCCUCCCUGCCUGCCUCUGGAAACAUGUACAAUGUCUACCCCUUCCCCGCCGAAAUCAACACCAUGUACGGCUACCAGGCUGUUAACCCCGCACCGAUGAGCGCUAUGCCUUACCAGGGAUACAUGGAGCCCUUCACUCUCAUGAACAUGCUCUCCAUGCAGCUCGAGUACUAUUUCUCUGUGGACAACAUGUGCAAAGACAUGUUCCUGCGUCGCCAGAUGGACUCUCAAGGGUUCGUUCCUCUGGGUGUCAUUGCCAGCUUCAAGCGCGUCAAGUCUCUCACUGAGGACUUUGAGCUUAUCCGUCACAUCUCUCGCCAACUCCGAACCGUCGAAUACCAAACCGGCGAGGAUGGUCGCGAGCCCUCUGCCCAGCACGAAGGUGCUGCUCCGGCUACCCACUCUGGCAAGAAUGACGAGAACGCCCCUUUCAACGCCCACGGUCCCAACGGCUCAGUCCCCAACGGAGCUCAGCAGUUCAUCCCUAACGGCACUAGCCUCCGUGGCUCCCAAUCGCUGUCCUCUACGGCCCCCGAGUUUCAGCCGUCAAUGCCUCAAAAUGAGAUUGCCAAUGUAGGAUACCCCAUGGAUACUCAUCGCUACCCCGCCGAGAGUCCCCCGCGAGAAUGCUCUUCCCAUCUCCCCCUUGGAUCGACCCAGAACUCUGAAAGUGUUGAAGAUGAUGAUGAAACCAUCCGCCCAUCUUCCGCAGUCCGCCAACACCGCAACCAGGCGUGGAAGGGCAAAGCAAAUAAAUCCUACCAAAAGUCCCUUAAUGUCAACAAUUCUUCCGAGCAUUUCUUAUCAAAUCAUGCAUCUGGGGGUCGAUCCAACAAGAGACCCCCAAAACCAGGCCUUGUCACUGGCCCUCCCUAUCACUCAUGGUCAGAUUAUCUGACCCGCACUUUCGACUUGUCAUUGUACAAUGAAUUUCGGCGUACAGCCCUUGAUGAUUUUUUCACACGACACGUCGACUAUGGAUUCAAUGCUCUUAUGUGGUUUUACAGAAGAUAUCUUUACGGUCGCUCUCUUAUUCCUGAGCCGGUUAUCUCAGAUAUCAUUGGCCUGUCUCGGAGUUCACAUUUCAUGCACCAUUCAGCUGUCUAUGAUAUCCUUCGUACAGCCAUGAGCAGCGGGAAAAUGGAGCAGUCUAAUCUGGACAGGACUGGCAUGUUCCUCAACCGUGACCGUCAGUCAAAGCCGGCGUGGCGAGAUCGCGCGCGUUGA